GAAAUUUCCUAAGUUCCUGUGACCACAGUGUCUGGUGUAUAGGCUCCAAGCAGCCAGAUGUUUGAUUCUGAGUUUGGAGAAAGCAGAUGUGUGCUUUUGGAGCCUUUUAUUCUGUUCACUACCUUUGUGUUCCAGCUGUUAAGAGUGCUAUGGGAUGUCGUCAUUUUUUCCUGAACUUGAAAAAAUACCCCAAUUUAUGUGCCUUCCCAGUGUUAACGUAGGCUAACUUCUCUGUCUUUAUUUUUGGGAGAAGAUCUGGAAUAUAAUCUGACUAAACGCUCUCAGAAGUAUUUAGAGAGUCGAAGAAAGCCACUGUUAGAUAAGACGAAGGUCCCAAAGUCUGGGCAGUUCUUAAUAUUACUAAAUGCAAUUGCUGCUAAAUGUUAAAAUGUAGUACAGUACUUUGCAGAGGCAACUUUAAAGGAUGAGCUUGAGCAGAACCCAACCUGAUAAGUUUAGGCAACUGCCAAGAAGAAAUGAAUGUGUAAUUAACCAAAUAGUGUAUACAAGUCAUGGCUAAGCCUCCCUCUCGGGAGACAGAGCUUUGGGUGUCAAUCUCCUUUACUUGCUGCAAGUAAAUAAAACUACCUAAUAACAACCACGUCUUGAGUAGGACACCCCAGGCAGUGAACCCCUUGAGUUGGGUAACACCACAAUGCCAUCAGUUUGCCUGAAACUGUCAUUGGAAAUGGGAUGUGCACAUGCGUGUUUGUAUUCACACAGGCACAGAUCACACGGCAUCCGUUGGGCCUUCCCACACUGAGAGGAACAGGGCUCUACCUGGGAGCCCCUGAAGACCUCUGAUCAGGCUCAGAAGAUGGCUCUGGCUGUCAAGUUGAGAAGGGACUGCAGGUGAAAAAGGUGGUGGGAGAUGUCCCCAGGAGGCUGCUGUGGGGAUUCCGUGUUCCAUGGUUGGAUUGGCAAGCUUCCAUUGGGCACCACAGCAGGAGGAUACAGUGAAGGAGAGAAGGGAGACCGAGAUGCUGAAGUCACACAGCUCACUGAAGAGAGAACGCUAGAACGCCACAGACUGAGAGGCGAGGAGAAUAAGGGUGACCAUGAAACCCGUGAUCCCAGGAGGAAAGGGAAGAGCACAUUUCAAACCCUUGGGAAAGAAGUGUGCCUCACAGAUCCUUUGAUGUGUCCUGUCCCCAGUGCUGUUCACCGAGAGCCCCUCUGCUGUGAGUACCAGCCCAGAUUUGGGGGCCGCCUACCGGUGCCCAGGGCUGAGGCAGCACUACCUUACUGGGUCCCUCUGUCCCUGAGACCCCAAAAGCAGAUCCAAAAGAUGGUCCAGACUGAUAUCCCCAAAGCCACCAAGGCGUGCCCCUGCCCAGAUCACCACUCUGGGGGCUACCUCCCGAUGCCUAGGGAUCAGGCUGUGAUGCCCUACUGGGUGCCCCGGGUCCUGAGGUCUUGCAAGAAGAUCCAAAAUAUGGUCCAGUCUGAUACCCCCAAAGUCACCAAGGCGUGCCCCUGCCCAGAUCACCACUCUGGGGGCUAUCUCCCGGUGCCUAGGGAUCAGGCUGUGAUGCCCUACUGGGUGCCCCGGGUCCUGAGGUCUUGCAAGAAGGUGGUGAAAAGGCAGCAGAGUUUUAAAAGCAUUAAAGAAUCCCCCCUGGACUCACACUCCUGGCACCACCGCUGGCGGAUCUGCUGCAGCAGACACCUCCUCCUCAAGUGGCUGCAGCUCCAGGCCCUUCACCAGGAAGGGCAGCUGGCCCCGGAGAGGAGAGUGAUCCCCCAGCCCUCCUUCCUGCCUCUCUGCCUCAGCUUCCUGGCCUUCCUCCAGGCUGUCUUGAGGGCCAUCUCGUUCAUUCGCCAUUUUUGGGGGGUUUGAAGCUGGAAUCUUCAGCUAGUAUCAAGAACAUCAACAAAAAUGUCAAUCAUAAUCAAGGUCUUUAAUGAAAGUUGUUAAAUCAGGAGGAGUCUGUGAUAGCCACUCUUUUCACAGAUCACAUAAUUCACACCCAAGAUUCAAUCCAAGUUAUUUCUCAUGGGGGGAUUCUUGGUUGUACAGAGUUGCUGUGAAUGCGGGUGAGAUUCUGUUAUAAAUGUAAUCAAUAAAUGUUAUUUGU